AUGCUGACACCGUCGUGGGGCCCGGUGGCGUCUGAUACACCUUGUUUUGGUUUUGUGCCGCAUGCAUUGGCAGGUGACAUUCUCAUCACCUCCCGGCGGCUGCAGGUGCUUUCAUAUGUGCUGGCAGAGCUCAGCAGCUCUGCGAUGCUUUUGGAUGACUACGUGAGGGGCAUUCUUAAUAUCCCACAUCGGCUACUCGUCGCGUGGCAAAGCAUCGCCGUCGCGGCGAGAGCCCGACAGGCUACACAGAGAAGUGGGGAGAGUGGAGCGCUACGAGAAACUCCGAAAUUCGGUGGCCGAAGAGAACCACUGGCGCCACGCACACCGGUAGGAAGACGCGACCACAACAAUGCCUCCAUUGGUGGUGCGUCCCCGCAGCUGUCGCAACAAAACACCAAUAACAAUCGGGAAGUGGACGAUAAUCGGACCGCAAAACUCCAUGCAUGCCGACUCAUGGAAGACAAUGCGGCGCGCCACGUGGAAUUUAUCCGACGCACAGUCGUCAUGGCGCUGUUUCAGCAGUAUUUGCAGGUUGUCGUGGAGAAGAGCGUGGAUGAUCUCCUGUUGCGGGGUUGGCUUGGUUCCGGUUUUGAAACAAACACAAGAGGCUCCAGAAGAGGAGAUGUGGCCAGGCAUGAGGGGGCUGAAAGUUCCUUUUUGGAUUUGAAGGAUGACGAGGGGGGUGAGGUGGGGGGUAAUGAAGAAGUGGGGAAUCCAGCAAACGGCAAUAAACGCCCACGCGACGUUAGUGUUUUCCCAUUGAGGCAGUUACUGCCAUUGAAUGUGUCUUCUGACCAUGAUGACCAUGACGAUGAUGAUAAGUACGUGAGGAGUCCGGUUAGUCUGCAGGCUUUUAUGCGAGCAGCUAUUGCUUUUAAUCCCACUGUCUGUGCUCUGAGGCUGAUGUCCCGCUGCAUUCUGUACGCCAGACACGUUCGUAAUGUAGACGACGAGGCAGCAGCGUCUGCUGGAACGACGGAAGGUGAGAAGGGUGUAUUUUAUGUUGUUGUUGCGAGCCGGGCAGUAGGGACGUGUGAACACUCUGAGCCUUGCUUCGGUAACCGAAAAUUUUUUUUUGUAAGAUGUCAAGAGUCUGAGGUGCGGUGCAAAAGAGAUGGCUCGCCAUCCACGCAAUGGGCAGAGGCUGCCGCGAUGUCUCCGACAUGGAGAGGGCCGAAUUCACGGCAGGAUGCCAAUCGUCACAAAAGUUCUGCCGUACCGCGCGGCCGUGAGGCAUGGCAUUGGAUGAUGUGCCUGAUGACGCAGACCAUGACGGGACAGCAGUCGGGUCAGGGGAAUACGCUGGUUCGAGAUUGUGGCGGGAACCAAACACGGCCUUGUGUGCCGUGGAGACGCUCCGCACAACACUCCUCUGAGCGUCGCACGCGGGAAGGGAUGUCACAAUUGGGACUUCCGUAUGUGGUGACUCUGGCCGCACGUGGCGGUGGUGGUGGUGCUGCUACCAUGAAAAGCGGGACGAGACCCAAAGGCGGCAGGGUCUUUGUGCCAUCCUUUCAGCUGCAUCGAAAGGCAGGGAAAAGGGGUGCACGUGAUUAUUUUCCUAAUCGUCAUUAUCAUUAUGCUGAGGAUGAAUAUGAAGAGGAUUCAAUUGAAUCGUGGCUGGUGAUGCAUUCGAAUCGUUGCAGUGCCACAGGGACAUUCUUCGGUCCCGCGACCGCUCGCCCUGGGCGGCUGAUAACAGAUGCUGGGAAACCGUUGGGAGGGUUGUCGUUUGGCUCCUCCGUUGCGUGCAGCGCCAACAACUUUGUUGUGCCCUUUGAUCAGGCCAUUUCUGCCCCGCCAAACGCUGGCCAUGACACCAAUUACCGGGAACAGCAGUCGACGGAGCAGUUUUCGGCCACCACAGAAGUGGUGUCGGCGGGCCAAUUAGCUUUUGCAGAGGAACUGCUUGCCAGACUCAACUUUUGGUGUGCUCGUGGGCAGCCACGACGCUGCUACUACGAUCCUGCCUUGAGUGACGGGUGCCAAACGGCGACGGUCAACCCGACAACAGAAAUGAGAAUGGAUAGGGGUCAUGGCAUUGCAGGUUCAAACCAUACCGAUGUGGAUUGCAAAGGGGAGAUGCCGUUAAGGCUUCUUUUUACGCAGGUGGGAGUAAUUCGGUUUCGUCCCGUGGAGGCUUCUGUGUAUCGGAGUGGAAGGGGGCAGGAACUUCUUCUUCAGGCGCUUGCCGAUUCUACAGAAGUGGUCAUAUGCUCCGUCCUUGAGAGCCGUUCACAUUAUGGCUGGCAAAACCAUUCCUCCGGAGGAACGGAAGGAAGGGUUGACGGGUGUUAUGCAUUUGACACCUAUGCAGUGUCUGAUGAUGGCAACGAUCCUUUUUUAUGGGGACGCUAUGACGACAUCGCGAUGGAGGCGUCCGUAAGCUGGGCGCAAGGUGAGGUGACCACGGAUGGUGCGGACGAUGUAUGCGACACGGAUGGCAAUGGCGUCUCCACUGCGGGAAAUUCGUCAAAUUCCCACGUGGCGACGCGCCGGUCUCUUUCCAUGCGUGAGAAACAUCAACGUAAGAACGAGCGACUGAAAAUUGAAUUCCAUUUGGCCCAUUCCCAACGCUUGGAUGCCCUCCUGGUACACCAGCAGGCUGCAAAACCAGUCGCUGCGUUAAUACUGCGUCAGUUGCCGCGAAAACUCCAUCACACCACGGGGAAUGGGAGGCAACUUGUGCAAGAGACAACUUUUGUUGUUCAAUCUUUCAGCCACUACGUUGUACACCUGCUGCGGCAAAUACGGGAGGAAAACGUGCUGAUGGUGGACAUGGACCGUACGCUGGUGGAUAACGCCAUCCUUGCCGGUGAGGAUUCUACACCCAUGGCAUGCCAAAAGGUGAGCGGGGCAAAGGGAGGAAGUCAACUUCACUUUGAGGUCCGGAAGGAGGUGCGAUAUCUUGUCACGGACACACCUUUCCAGGGAAUGCGCACGGAGACGAUUUACGUGCGUCAUGGGGUGAGACGGUUGUUACGGUACUUUGCUAUUGAGUGGGGCAUUCCUGUUGUACUCGUGACGAAAUCAUCGCGUCGCCGCACGGAGGCCAUCUUGUCGCAGGCACUGGACCCGGAGGAGGAGCUGUUUCCACCCGGGUGCGGACGCGUAUUUACGGCGGAGUUGUUACUCGAUAAAUUGUCGGAUGACUUGCCUUCGGAUGGUCCUUUUUCUUCUUCAGCGUUGCCACCACAUGUUGCCAGUGAGAAGGACCAUGCCAGAUGGCGCUCUCACGAAAGUCUUGUGAACUCGCGGAAGUGCACCACAGCGGUUCUGCAGGAGUUAGAUCGUGCACACAGGAAGAGACAUGGCACGCGUCAUUUCUCACCCAAAGCGAGGAGUGUGGCGGUGCUGGAUGACGCACCACAGGUAUGGGUAGAGGCAGACUGGCCUUGCACCGUAUCGGUUGUCCCAUACACGUUGGGCCGCGUGGAUCCGCGGGAGUACUUUACACCGAAUGGAUUGAUUCCAUCCAUGUUAUUGUCCGUGCUCUACAGAGGCAAAUGUGUGCGGUAUCCCACACCACACCGUGAGGGAAAUGAGAGCACAUAUGGCAUAGGGGCGGUAAAGAAGGGAAUUGGCAGAAAUGACACGAUUGGAAUGGACUUUACCAUUCCAGCACUUGAGAGAUGUGUUUUUUUUUGUGACUGCGAUCCUAAUAAUGAUGUCAACCAGAAUAAUCUACUGGAGAUGCCCCGCGUUAAAGAUCCCUGCUUACCAGAAGAUCAUCUCUUAUCUGCAGCCUCAUCUGGCUACAAUGCUUCUGCAGAGGAUGAGGUGGCGUCCGGGGAGGAGACGGUGGUGGAGGAGGUCAAUGAACGGCGUGAAGGCAGCAGUCCUUGGGCCACCGCCGACGUGGAGGAUGUGACACCUCUUUAG